AUGAAGUGGCUCGCGCUGCAGCUUUUAUCGCUCGCUGUCGCUGCGAGUACAAUCGCGUGUUUGAACCUCGCGGGGCGGCAGCUUACAAACAUCGAGUCUAUUGUCGACCCAUGGAGCAAAGAGCUCGUGUUUCGCUUCUACAGCGCCGACACCGUCGUCGCGACAGUGUCGGCCGCUGCUCUCGGUCGAGAGACGGAUUUGUAUCUACACAACAACACGCUGACGGGUGUUCCUGGCUCGCUCUUUCGUGCAGCACACAAUGUCGUGUCCAUCGACAUUUCAAAUAAUCCGUUGGCGGAACUGCUUCCACAGUCGUUUGCCAACAUGCCGCGUCUCCAAAAAGUCACGUGCACGAAUACGCAGAUCACAACGAUACCCACAGGCUUUGCUAGUGAUUGUCCGCUGCUUACUACCGUCGUGUUCGAUCAAAGUGCCGUCCGUGUCGUUGAAUCGCGAGCUUUUGUGAACUUGCCGAAUCUUGAAUCCAUUUCUUUACGCCAGAACAAUGUAUCGGCUGUCCGCGGCGAUGCGUUUGUCGGUUUAACGGCGUUGCAUACGCUGGACGCAAGCUACAACAAGCUGACUUCGGUCCCGACUGGUUUGCUUAUGGCGUCGUCCUCGUGGAAAGCACUAGACUUUUCGCAUAAUAACAUUUUGGACGUGCCGACUGGUAUUCGAAGGGCUGUUGCGAAAGGCUACAUCUCUUUUGACUACAAUGCAUUGAUCGAAAUUGACGAGGAGUCCAUGGCUGGCGCCUCGAAGAUCAACGAACUUGGACUUGCGUCGAACAGCAUUUUCACGAUCAAAUCCAGAGCAUUUGCGGGGAUGUCGGCCCUGAGAACAUUGAACUUGAGCGACAACGUCAUCUCGGUCAUUGAUGAAGAUGCAUUUGAAGACGUAGAUGGGCUCAAGAACCUCAUGCUGGACACGAAUAACAUCCAUCGGCUCACACUGUCGUCGUUUCCGACGAAUCUUGAGCGCCUAGAGCUGCAAAACAACAUGAUGGACUUCAUGCCCGACUUCCCUGAUAACUUCGAGGCGUCACGUCUAAUACAUUUAAAUCUGAGCCGUAACUACCUAUGGUCGAUCUCGACAAAUGAUGCGCUCACUCCAUAUACCGGACUCGUGACGUUGGACCUGAGUAACAACCGUGUCGUCAACUUCAGCGCUGCCGUGUUUGACCCGAUCAUGGAGAGUAUCGAGUCAAUGAACUUCGACUCGAACCUCAUCACAUCCAUUCCCAGCACUAAUUUCAUAGCCUUGGUGAAAAAGUUGCGCACGAACGUCACUCUAUCCGACAAUCCUGGUAUCGGUUGGUCCUCCGACGUUCAGAUGCGAGCUGAUUGUCCAAACGGCAGUGUCUUUGAGGAGCUCAAUCUGUUAUCUUCUUCAAAUAUGGAAUCCGCCAAUCGUGCGAACCUGUUUGGCUGUAUCCAGUGCGUUGCAGGGACGUUUCAUGACAAUGUCACAGGAACUUGUAUGAAUUGCGGUCAAGUAUCGUCUCGUGCUUACUCCGAUGAAGAUGGUGCAACACAGUGCCUGUACUGCCCGUACUCGUCAGACCUGGCGUCUGACCGCACGACGUGCAUAGAGUUUGAGUGUAAUAUUUCGUGCUGGCUGACGCUGUCGAUAGGAAUUGCAAUGCCCGCGGUGAUUUUUGGCAGCAAGCUUUUGCUAUAUCUGAUCAUGAGAAGCUCAAAGCGCAAGCGCAAAAUGAACAUCACGGAGCAAGAGGCGCUGAACGCCUGGCGUAUGGGACUCAUGAUGUAUCAGCUAGCUGAUUCCAUAAGCCCGACUGGAUCGCUACAUGACGAUGAUGUCGAUGAGGAAGCGUCCGAACACGGCAAAUCGCCAAUACGCAUUUACGAUCUCCCGGACGAAACGAAGGACCUUGUGUUGAGCACUCUUCGAGAUUACUUCCAGAUCCGGAAAGAAAAACGUUGGUGCGCGCUUUCUCUGGACAAGCGAGAGGCAAGAAGCGAGUGGAAUGAUGUUGAGUGGGAGACAUUCCACAUGCACCGGAUUCUUAGCCGCAGUUAUCACGGCGAGGUCUUCUUAGGAGACUACUGCGGUACGCAAGUGGUUGUGAAGCGCAUGAUGACACUCCGCUUUGAGGUCAAAGGACUCGCCGACACUAUCAAAGAUGUGGAGCUGGUGAGCUCGUUACAUCAUCCAAAUAUUGUUACUUGUCUCGGCACCAUGUGGUCGAAUCCCGAGUAUCUGUGUGUAAUUUCCGAAUACGUAAAAGGGGGUGACCUGGCAGCUAUACUCGAGGUGGACGGACUAAGCCACCUUCACCGGUACACCUCGUCGCCAACCCGCAUGUCAGCAUCCUCACAAUUGGAGAGUAUAUGGAGGAAGAAUGAGGAGUCCGCAUUAUCCCACGGUAUGGUGAUAGAAGUGUCGAAGUCACUGCUCACAGUACGCUUACAGAUGAUUUUGGAUGUUUGCAAGGCGCUCGCGUACAUGCACAGUAUGUCUAUUUCUCAUAGCGACCUGCGGAGUCGAAAUAUCAUGGUGACGGAAACGUAUCGAUGCAAAAUUGAUGGCACUCGUCACCACAGCCGAGAUGACAAACAUUACGCGACGCGUGUCCUUCUCGUUGAAGGUCAGGCAAGUCAGGAAUCCGAUUCGGAUGAGAAGGACGCCGAGGACGGGGUGAACUUGGAAGGCGUUUGCUUUCUUCGGCCAACGAAAAGGGAGUACCUAAAACAGGUUGGCUCAUCAUUGCCGCUCGUGGCACCGGAGAUGCAGCAUCACCACUCACGACACGUUCACGUCGAUGUAUACAGCGUUGGAAUUUUGCUGUUGGAGUUGUGGUUUGGCAAGUACGUUACUUUUCGGAACGUCGGACCAAACGAUGAGCGCGAGGCCCGAAGUCGAACGAAUAAAUUGCGGCUUGCUGUCGAUACCACCAGUGAAGCAGGAAGCGAGAUUGCUGGUGAAGAAGAUUUGGCUUUACCUGGAACGUUCGGUACAAUGCAGAAGUACGAAAAACACCACGCUGCAGUGCAUCGCUUUGUCAACAAGUUACGUGUCCGUGCGAAAACGGACAGUACCGAUGCGGAACUAGGCAACAGCAACUGUGGUAGUACUUCAGCGAGUGCACCGAUGUAUCCUGUUGAUUUGCUGACGACAUCGCUUACCUCAUCAAGUGCCACGACUGACAAAGUGGCUGCAGCUGUUGUGGACUGUCUACAAAGCGAUCCAAGGAAGAGGCCGACCGCCAACAAGCUCGUGAACCUGUUCCAGUGUCUUCUCGACGAGAUACGUGCUUCAUAG